UUUUUGCGAAGGAUCCCAGCACCUGCAGGCGGGAGCGCAAGGUGCUGCUCAGCCAAUAUAAUGUCGCAUGGCGCUGCCAUCACGCGAGCUGCACCACGAACCUCUCUGUUUCUCUCACCAUCCAGAUCUUCUCUCACGUCGACGGUGGACUGUCGGACACCAUGAAGGAUACUUGAAGUACAAUUCCGGCCCAUUCCCCCUUUGAACUUUUUCUGGAGGCCCGGACCCAAAGCACCUCGCCAGCAACAUGGACAAGACAUUGUGUUUAUGCUUCCCAUGCAUCAUCAGCUAUCUGGGAGGCUACAUUUAUCCUACAAGAGAGAACCAAUUCUACCCGGCCCUCCAGCACAAAGGCUUCACCUUGACCGAGCAGAGACUUAUCGCCGAGGAGUGGUACUGGGUGGCAUUUGAGCGAGAGACUGCUGUCAGAGAUUAUUUGCGAGGCUAUGUGACCUUUCGGGAUGGGUGUUGGUGGAGGCCUCCGCCUCCGCCGCGCGCGAACUCAAUGGCCUCGACUCCUUCGUCUGCUUCUGUCACCGGAUCGAUCACUUGAGAGGCCAUCCCAUAUGGUGGCGGAUGAUAUGACCACCAAAUCUUCCUUGGGACUUUGAGCAUGCACAAGCCGACCUAUUCCUGGACUUAGAAAUGGGCUCUAUUCCAAUGAACUCGGCCCUCGCCCAUGAGCUUUUCCGACGCUCAGAAACACUGAGUCUGCCAUUUGCGAGAUUUGCCCCAGAGCGCACAUUUCCAGGCGAACCCUCAAGGCCUUCAUCCGUCAGAUGGCAUCAAUAUUCCGCGCCAAUUGGCCAGCUUUUGUGGACAGCACUGCCCGUCUCCAUACUUUGGAAACCUGUUUCGCCAAGCUAAGGAAUAGUCUAGUCCAAGCGAAGUUUCACGUAUCAACCUUCCUGCCGCGGUGGACCUACUUGCACGCGUUCUUGUCAAAUUCAUAGAUGAAGCACGGGAUCCUGAGGCGGAACACUGGGGGCGAAGCGAUCAAGAGUUUUCCAAGGAUGGAUAGCUGCUGCGGUUUCUAGCGAAGGAAUCUCAACUCCCGUUAAGCGAUAUGCACCUUGACGAGGCAUCGUUUGGCAACACUUACACAGCUUACGGCAGAAUGGCGGGGAUCGGAUUCCAUGUGCACAACAGCUACGAUCUAUGGAGUCCUCCAUGAUGUUUCUCUUGCGUAUUUCUGGACUGCCAAUCUGCGUUAGAAUUCUGGCUGGUCUUGCACGAGCGCUGGGUUGUAUCUAAGCUCAAAAAGGAAUUCGCUCCGACCUUCUCUCACUGGGGCCUUUCGUCGUCAGCACACAUUUCACCCCUGCUGCUCUACUGCAGCCUUAAGCUGCACGUCCAUAAGCACGCUGCAGCUUGUAAUCAUCAUAGCACAUGUAUUAUUACUGUAGGCCAAAAUCGCUGCAACGAUGUUAUUGCAAACGCCUCGUCGAAUCUGCUACCCGCC